AUGAGAAUGCCCAGAAGAGGCUUAGUAAUUCAAGCCAGGACUCGUUGGCUAUUAGUGGGUCUUGCUUUACUAUUCAGUUUAGUCUUGCUCAUGUAUUUGCUGGAGUGUGCUCCACAAACAGACAGUAAUGGAUCUCUGCCUGGUGUCGUAGGCGAAAGCAUGGGUAAAGAAUACUAUCAAGCUCUCUUGCAGGAACAAGAAGAGCAUUAUCAAAACCGAGCUACCAGUCUGAAACGUCAGAUUGCACAGUUAAAGCAGGAGCUUCAGGAAAUGAGUGAUAAAUUGAAAUCCCUGCAGGAAAAAAAGAGCCCAAGGGUCAAUGGUAUGAACUACCAGGGCACCAAAGAACAAGCAUCCAAUGAUCUCCUAGAAUUUCUUCAUUCACAGAUUGACAAAGCUGAGGUGAGCGUGGGGGCUAAACUGCCUAGUGAAUAUGGUGUCAUUCCUUUUGAAAGCUUUACGUCCAUGAAAGUAUUUCAGUUGGAAAUGGGGCUCACUCGGCAUCCAGAAGAGAAACCCGUUAGAAAGGAUAAGCGAGAUGAAUUGGUGGAAGUUAUUGAGGCUGGCCUAGAAGUUAUCAAUAAUCCAGAUGAAGAAGAUGGACAAGAUGAAGAUGAUGGAGUAGGAGAGAGGCAGCUGUAUAGUGAAAAUGAUUUCAUAGAAGGUUACUAUCGUACAGAAAGAGAUAAAGGGACACAGUAUGAGCUGUUCUAUAAGAAGAUGGAUGGCAUGGAAUACAGACAUGUCACCUUGUUCCGACCUUUUGGACCUCUUAUGAAAGUGAAGAGUGAAACAGUUGAUAUUUCUAGAUCUGUCAUUAACAUUAUUGUCCCUCUUGCUGGAAGAACUGAGGCAUUUGCACAAUUUAUGCAAAACUUUAGGGAUGUGUGUAUUCAUCAGGAUAAGCGUGUUCACCUCACAGUGGUGUAUUUUGGACAAGAUGGGCUAUCAGAAGUAAAAGGCAUUCUAGAAUCUGUAGCUAGAGAAACAAGCUUCCACAAUUACACACUUGUCUCUCUGAACGAGGAAUUUAACCGAGGCCGAGGACUUGACAUGGGUGCCAGAGCCUGGGAAAAGGGCGAGGUCCUGAUGUUCUUUUGUGAUGUUGAUGUUUAUUUCACAGCUGAGUUCCUCAACAGUUGUCGCUUAAAUGCUGAGCCUGGGAAAAAGGUGUUUUAUCCUGUGGUAUUCAGCCUUUAUAAUCCUGCUAUUGUCUAUGCCAACCAAGAUAUACCACCCCCUGUGGAGCAACAAUUGGUACACAAGAAGGAUUCUGGUUUCUGGCGGGAUUUUGGCUUUGGGAUGACUUGUCAAUAUCGGACAGACUUUCUGACUGUUGGGGGUUUUGACUUGGAAGUGAAAGGCUGGGGCGGUGAGGAUGUUCACCUUUACAGAAAGUACUUGCAUGGGGACCUUAUUGUGAUCAGGACACCCGUCCCUGGUCUCUUUCACCUCUGGCAUGAGAAACAUUGUGCAGAUGAACUCACUCCAGAGCAGUAUCGCAUGUGUAUCCAGUCCAAAGCCAUGAAUGAGGCCUCUCACUCGCACCUGGGGAUGCUGGUCUUCAGGGAGGAGAUCGAGACUCACCUCCGUAAGCAGGCUUAUAGGACUAACAGCGAAGCAGCGGGUUAAAUGUCAACCCUGUGACUUUUGAUGACUUCAAAUUCACAGUGAACCAGCACCAUUUUACAGCCUUAAUUCAGCUUAACAAUG